AUGAAAGAUGAAAUGAUCGAAAUGAAAGCACUUAUGUUAUCUUAUUUAAAGAAACAGACUGAACCAAGUGAGGAACUUUCAAAUGCUACUGCAAGUGUGCUUAAGCGACUAAAUAUUCCUCCAAUGCCUUCUCCAUCGAGUAUCAAUAACAACAGUCAAACUAAGUGCAAGUUAUUAGAUUGGUAUGGCUCGGGAGAGAUUGUUGCUGAAGGAAGAUGGUCUUCUAAUGAUCCAACUGCUAUGGUCCAUCAUAUUCCUAUUGGUCCACAUGCAAUUAGAGUAUGGAUUGAUGUAGCAAAGAAACCAAACGCAUAUUUGUGGAGGCCAACAUCAGAAAUGAAAUGUAUUGAAGAAGCUUUGGGAAGUACAGUUGCAUGGUCAUCUGAUAAAGUGAAUGAAAUGGAGUCGUCUUCACCAGAGGACUAA